GGCGAGCCGGCGCACUGGAUGCUGGGACCUGUGGUGUUUGUCCCUGCGCCUCCCAGCGGGUUGGCGUCGUUUAGUGACUACCGCGCCUGCGCCGGCUGCGAGGCUGGGCCCGUGGCGGCUCGUACCGGGUGAUGCUAGGCGGCUCCCUGGGCUUCAGGCUGUUGCGAGGUGUGGUUGGGAGUCGUGGGCAGUUUGGAGCGCGGGGUAUCCGCGAGGGUGGCGCGGCUAUGGCGGCAGGGGAGAGCAUGGCUCAGCGGAUGGUCUGGGUGGACCUGGAGAUGACAGGAUUGGACAUUGAGAAGGACCAGAUUAUUGAGAUGGCCUGUCUGAUAACUGACUCUGAUCUUAACAUUUUGGCUGAAGUAGGUGAUUGUGGAAAUGCUAUUAACAAUCAGGAGCAUAACUUCCUUGACUUGGAUUCUUUAAGGAAAAAUUGGUGCAAAGAUGGCAGUUUCAAUUUGAACUUGAGCUCUAAAAAUGGUCCAUCUAUGGUUAUAUUUACCAUGUUAGAAGUGAAGUUUCAUUUCUGGAUGCCUUUGAAAACUGACUUCAUGUGUUUCUGGUGGGGGGCUGGGGAUUCUCUCUUGCAGUCUGGUCUUACCAAAGCAGUGAAGGAGAGUACAAUUACAUUGCAGCAGGCAGAGUAUGAAUUUCUGUCCUUUGUACGACAGCAGACUCCUCCGGGGCUCUGUCCACUUGCAGGAAAUUCAGUUCAUGCAGAUAAGAAGUUUCUUGACAAAUACAUGCCCCAGUUCAUGAAACAUCUUCAUUAUAGAAUAAUUGAUGUGAGCACUGUUAAAGAAUUGUGCAGACGCUGGUAUCCAGAAGAAUAUGAAUUUGCACCAAAGAAGGCUGCUUCUCACAGGGCACUUGAUGACAUUAGUGAAAGCAUCAAAGAACUUCAGUUUUACCGAAAUAAUAUCUUCAAGAAAAAAACAGAUGAAAAGAAGAGGAAAAUUAUAGAAAAUGGGGAAAAUGAGAAGACUGUGAGUUGAUGCCAGUUCUCAUGCUGCCACUACAUAGUUCUCUGGAAUCAACUUCUGGUGGUUUUUUUUUCACACUGACUACUUGGCAGAGCACCUUCCCUCAGUUAACUUGUAUUCCCAGAUUAUUCAAGCAGAUAUCCCCUAAAAUCCUAUUUUUCUCCUAUUGUGCUCUUUCCAUUGUGACACAGCAGCUCCUUUGUAAGUACCAGGUCAUGUCUAUCUCUUGGUACAUAUCUGCAUUUGCUUUUAGGCCAUUUCUUUUGUUUUUUAAAAACAAAAAGAUAAAUAAAGCUUAGUUCUAUUGAAAUGCAAA